UGAUAAGAAAACGACAAAAAUAUAUAUGAAAAAACAAUAAUUUUACAACGAUUAAAACUUCAAUUGUUAAUCAUUAAUCGAACUAAUGGUUAAAUUAUUAAUUUAAUCGUAUCAUAUGAUUAACAUUGGUGGCACAAAAAAUACAAGUAUUCAGAUGUGCAUUGAUACAAGAAAACUUAUCUUUCGAAACUUGCGCACAACGUUGAUAAAGGUUAUUUAAAAAUGGCGGACGCAUGGUCUUCCGACACUACCUCAGAUUGUUGUAUUGAAUGUUUCUCUGAUAUUAUGUCCGAAAAAUCAGAAUACGUUAUCGUCGGUCAAAAACCUUGUUCAUCUCAUCGUCGAAGUAAAAGACAUUUCUUGCAAAAAUUAUUUGUAAGAGAAAUCAGAGGUUGUUUGUCAUUGCAUAGCUAUGCUUCUGAAGAAAGACUGUUCGCAACUGUACCCUCUUGGAGACACUUGCCUCUUUUGCAUGUCAUCCCAAAAUCAGCUCUCGAAGCAGGGCAUAUUGUUAUGGGAUUGACACAGUGCGGUCAAUUUUUGUUAACAUAUACAUAUAUGUUGGAUGUUAGUGAUAAUACUUCUUUGUAUAAAUAUUUGUUACAUUGGUGGGCAUUUACGCCAAAUCGUGUAGCUCGUAAAGUGGCAGAAGUUACACUUUUUGGAAAUUAUACUAUUUAUAGAGAGCUUAGUAUAGUAAUAUCGCAAUGGCCAAUGGAACGAAAUAAACUAGUAAUACAUGGUCUUUGCCAACAUUGGUUACAUCUACAACCUACGGAUAGAGCAUACUUAACAAUAACUACAGUACCUUCUCUUGACAACUGUAGAGAUUGUUUAAAAGUUGCUGCGUCAUAUGAAGAAGAAGGAGAAGACUUAGCUGAAAAUUGGGAUGGAUGUGUACGCUGUAACUGUUUGCAACAUGGACUCACUGUUCACACAACUUACGAAGUUAUGUCACCAUACCCAAGAUUUCGAGCUUCUGUGUGUUUAAAUUAUUGGAAUUAUGUAGUGGUUAAUACAGGAAAUUUUUUACAUGUGCUUAGGGUAGAUUUGGACAUUCCAAAGCACAAAAAUCAGAAGACAUUUGAUAAACAAGACACUGUAGUUCCAGAUACUGUGCCACUAGAGAUGAGUGAUAUUGAAGAGAUAGAUUUUUCAAAGACAGAAUCUUAUGGAAAUUCCCAUGACAAAGUAGGUACUUUAGAGUGUUCAAUCAAUAAGUCUCCUCGACUGGAGCCUGCUAUUGAUCAUGAGUUUAUAGAUGAGUUGAGUAAGUUAGAUGAUAGAUUAGGGCGUGAAUUACCAUUAAAUACCUCAAGCAGUAAUCAAAGCAACUGUGUCUGUGAUAUAAGUAAAUCUACUGAUGCUUUAAGUAUUAAAUUAUGUGAGUGUUCAGAUACCAUUGAAUGUAAGUGUCAAAAUCAAAGUCCUGUUUCUCGCAUUGAACAACAAGCUAUAUCGGUUAGGGAUAAAAUCUUGCAGGACUUUUGUGAAGACAUGUCUCAAGAACUUAAUAUUGGUAGUGACCUAAUUACUUUAGUGAAGCAUCCAUCGUGUUCUCCAAGAUCAACACCCCAAAGGCUUCCUCCUGAUCUCAGAGCUAUGGCGUGGUCAUCGCCUAUUUUUACACCACCUUCGGAUAUUCUAAGAACGCGUAAUUCGGAAUCUAGUCAUAAAAGUACAGGAGUAUCAAAGAAUAUACGUAAUCAACGAGCUAAUUCUCCACAACCUGGUGCUUCACAAGAUAACAAUGUAACUUCUAUAAAUUCUCCGCUUCAUUCCAUUUCUAUAAGUCCAUCUUCAUCACAUUCUUCCCGUUUGAUGUCACCUCCCACAACAAGAUUUCUUCAUCAUCCCACUUCGCGUAAACAAACAAACAUGCACUCUCCUCCUCCAAUUAUUAAUUCAACACAAUCCAGGACAAGAGCUACGCACAAACUUAUUCUUGAAGCAGAAAAAGCAUAUGAAUUUACUGAUGAAGCACAAGAAACUUGUGAAAAGUUAAGUUCAUUCAGAAAGCGCAGACUCGCAGAUAAAAAAUAUGAGUUUUGUGAUGAGAUAGAAGAUGCAGAAAAUAUAGUUCCUUUUAAACACAUACGUGACCAAUUCAAGCAUCGUGCCUGUUCCAUACAUCAAAUAUCUUCCUCUCCAACAAUGUCCCCUGUAUUGUCUAAUGGUAAACGGCAUUGGGUAGAUUCUGAUCAAAGUGAGACUGAUGAAUUCAAUACACCUCAAGAUAUUUUAUGCAAUGAUUUAUCACCUGUUGAAACAAAUGAGAAAAAUGUAUUACGUCCACUGAAUCAAAAUCAAUUAACAAAUGGAAGUGUACAGAGGGACCGAUUUGGGAAAUUCUGUUCAAAUUCACCAUUGGUUCCUAAAAUUAAUUUACAAUAUCCUUCUAUAAAGUGUACUGCACAUUUUAGAAGAAGUUAUAUAGAACUGGAUGAUGAAAUGAUAUCUGUUAUUACUGAUGUUGAAGAUGAAGAAACUGGAGGAUAUGUCAGUUAUCAAUGUGUACUUCCAAUGCAUGUUCAUGGCUCUGGAUAUGUACAAAUGCAAAUGAUCAGCAACAGUAAAGCAGAAAAAUUGGCAGUACCUUACGUGUCUAUAAACCAGUUAAGUUUUGAUAUUGAGACAUUUUCUCAUCACAUUGCAGAUUGGAUUUGUGCACGAUUCAAUAAGAAAUACUGGCAUUGUAGUGAUUAUGACAUUGAAAUAAUUGAUAUCUGUGCCCUUAGUGGUGAUAUAAUUUGUUUACUUAUCAUGAAAAUCCAAGCUAGUGAAUUAUGUAAUCAAACACAAUGCACUCAAGAAAGAAAACAAUAUGAAGUUGGAUGUAAAUUUACAUGGAAUAUAGAUUCAAGUGAAUAUAGAAUAACGGAUGUAUUACCAAUGGAAGAGGUAAGAUUGGAUUCCUUAAAAAACAAUCCUAUUCAAACACCAAAUUUUCGUUCUGGUUCAUUAUGGAAUCCGACGAGACGAUUAGCACCACAAUUAAGAGAAAAGAUUCAGCAGCCAUAUGCUCAUACUGUUCGCUUCCUUCAUAAUGAAAUGGCUUUAGCUGGUGAAUCUAUAACAAGGCUCAAUGAUUUAGAUAAUCUGGUCGAAUUUUACAUUACUCCAAUACCGAAUUAUCCAUUAAUAGAAUGAAAAAAUAUCAAGUAACAACAUGCUGCAAACAAUAAUUUAUUUAUUAAUGUAAACUUGUGAUUUCUAUAUUUACUAAGGUAACGUACAUAAUAUUAUAACUGUAUGGAAACUUACUACAUAUAAAUUACUAUAAAUAUUCUCUCAAAAGAGGAAUUAUUUGUUAUAUAAGCAUAAUUAACAGUAAGUGUAAUAUUAUAAAUUGUAUAGAUAUCAUCUAUUUACUUUGUGAGACUAGUAUAUAAAUUUAUGCUGUUGUGUGAUUUAUCCACAACUUAAUUAGUAUAAAAUAAGAAUUUAUGUAAUAAGACAACGAAGUUUACGAACAUUUGCACCAAUUUGUAAAUUGUAUUUAAAGUCCAUACUAUAAAUUACCUAUGUUUCAGAUAUAUAACUUCGAUAACUAAAUAAUUAAUUUGACUAUUAAUAAAUAUAUUGUAUGUUGUUUAAAUUAAGAGAAAAAUGAAAAAGUAAUCUUUAGAUAAUAUUUGGUCCCAAAGUAAUAUUGCAAUCAGAAUUACCAGAAUUGUAUAUUUUUAUUACUAAUAGUACGCAAACAUUUGUCUUUCAGAAUAUUUUACAUUUUUAUUGUUUGUAAGUUUACCUAUUACAAAGUUAUUUCAAGUUUAUAACUUAGUUUUGAUAGGUAUAGCUUGCUUAUCUGCAGCUUUUAUUUUUUCUUAUUUACUUCUUUUUCUUUCUCUUUCAUUUGUUUGUAUAUUUUUAUUGAAAUGGACUACAUAUAUGUACAAAAAAGAUGUGUACUAGCAAUAAAUAUAAUUAUCACAAUUAAUCAACAAGGAAACAUAUUCGAAAUGACUAACAAGAUUUUUUGUAACUUAAAUAUAUUAAGUAUGUAUUUUUUGGAAAUAUUUAAGAGGUGAAAAUAUAUAAUGUAUGCUUCUUUUUACUUUUUUAAUUAAAAAAUAGUUAAAAAGAAGUGAAGUCCGCCAUUAAAGAUUAUUUAUUAUUAUGUAAAAAUAAUGUGAUAUAUUUCAUUUUACUUAUAUAAUUUAAUAAGAUAUCUAAUAUUACAAAAAAAUAAUUUCGAAUAAUUCUCGAGAUUUGACUAAUAACCGAUAAAUAUUUAAACAAAUGAAUGAAUGAAUACUGUGCCGUCUUUCGAUUGUUAUAAUUUAUUAUAAAUAAAAUUUUAUUUCCGCAAAACGUAUAAUGAAAUAUAUACUUGACCCUUUUCGAUUGUGACACAUAAAAUGAUAGCAGUAAUAAUAUAUUGAAAAUUGCAUCUGCAGUAAAGUCUAAUCAAAUAUAAAAUAUUACGAUCAAGCCGAUAUAAAAAUGCUAUUAUAAAAAAAUUAUUUUUUCAGAAUUUUA